AGCUGUUCAAGCUCCUUGGAGUGGAAGUAAGGCCUGGAGAGCUUACAUUUUGGAGGUCCAGUGAGAUCUCCAGGUGGGAACUGUAAAUCCAGCCAAAAGUCUCUGAAGUGGGAUCCAGCAGGAAAUUCUCAGACACAGACCUUUGAAAUGCCUCCAGAGGUCUGAAUGUUGUGUCAACAUAUGAUUGAGAAGACCUUCAGCUUAUCAAGUAUUGCAGGAGUUUUGCACAAGAUUUGCAAAAUGAUGACUACAUAUUUGAUCUGGGGUAUUGCUGCAGCAGUAUGCUGCUGUUUAUGGCUUUUUGGAAUAAGAAGAAGGAAAAUAGGUGAGCCACCUCUGGAGAAUGGGCUGAUUCCAUACCUGGGUUGUGCUCUAAAAUUUGGGGCCAAUCCUCUUGAGUUCCUCAAAGCAAAUCAAAGGAAACAUGGUCAUGUUUUUACCUGCAAACUAAUGGGAAAAUAUGUCCAUUUCAUUACAAAUUCCUUGUCAUACCAUAAAGUGUUGUGUCAUGGAAAAUAUUUUGACUGGAAAAAAUUUCACUACACUACUUCUGCGAAGGCAUUUGGGCACAGAAGCAUUGACCCCAGUGAUGGAAACACCACUGAAAACAUAAACAGUACUUUCAACAAGACCCUGCAGGGCAAAGCCUUGGAUGCUCUCACGGAAGCCAUGAUGGAAAACCUGCAGUUCGUUCUGAGAUCCCCGGUCCCUCCCACAUCAAAGAGUGCAGCCUGGGUGACCGAGGGCAUGUACUCCUUCUGCUACAGAGUGAUGUUUGAAGCUGGGUAUCUAACUCUCUUUGGCAGAGAUCUUACAACGCUAGACACACAAAAGGCCCUUAUACUGAACAACCUUGACAACUUCAAGCAAUUUGACAAAGUCUUCCCGGCCCUGGCUGCCGGCCUCCCCAUUCAAGCUUUCAAGACAGCUCACAGGGCCCGGGAGAAGCUGGCGGAGGGCUUGCGGCACGACAGCCUCCGCACACGGGCCAGCGUCUCUGAUCUGAUCCGCUUGCGAAUGCACCUGAACGACACACUCUCCACCUUCAACGACGCGGAGAAGGCCAAGACGCACCUAGCCAUCCUCUGGGCCUCCCAAGCAAACACCAUUCCUGCCACUUUCUGGAGCUUGUUUCAAACGAUUAGGAGUCCUGAAGCACUGAAAGCGGCCACCGAAGAAGUGAAUAAGGCAUUGGAGAGCGCUGGGCAGCAGCUCAGCUUUGAAGGCAAUCCUAUUCAUUUGAAUCAAAUGCAACUGAAUGACCUACCGAUACUAGAUAGUAUCAUCAAAGAGGCUUUGAGGCUUUCCAGUGCCUCUCUAAACAUUCGGACAGCUAAGGAGAAUUUCACUUUGCACCUUGAGGAUGGUUCCUACAACAUCCGAAAAGAUGACAUCAUAGCCCUUUAUCCACAGUUAAUGCAUUUAGAUCCAGAAAUCUACCCAGACCCUUUGACUUUUAAAUAUGAUCGAUACCUUGAUGAAAACAAGAAAACAAAGACCACCUUCUACAGCAAUGGAAUCAAAUUAAAGUACUACUACAUGCCUUUUGGAUCGGGAGCUACAAUAUGUCCAGGAAGAUUAUUCGCUGUCCAAGAAAUCAAGCAAUUUUUGAUUCUGAUGCUUUCAUAUUUUGAACUAGAGCUUGUGGAGAGCCAAGCUAAAUGUCCCCCUUUGGACCAGUCCCGUGCAGGCUUGGGCAUUUUACCACCAUUAAAUGACAUCGAGUUUAAAUAUAAACUCAAACAUGUUUCGAUGUGUGGUUAGAAAGGGCACUAGAUGAUGUAUAGGACGGCAGUGUACCAUCACUAUGCAGUCCCAUGAAGGUGAGGAAGGGGUAGAACACGCUUAGUUCUGCUCACUGAUGUUUGCUUAUGCAUCUAACAUUUUAUUCAGGUUUUCAGAUGCUGUCUCAGACUGUAGUAGUGAAAGAACUAAUUUGUAGGAGCACAAUAAUUUGUUCUCAUUUGUAUAAGUCAAUGGAUGUUCGUAUACCCAAGGACCAAAAUUCGUUACUUUCAGAGAAAAAUGCAUUUUUU